AUGGUGAAGUUUCUGAAGCCAAACAAAGCCGUGAUUCUUCUCCAGGGCCGGUAUGCCGGACGGAAGGCGGUCAUCGUCCGGUCAUUCGACGACGGAACCAGGGACAGGCCCUACGGACACUGCCUGGUGGCCGGAAUCUCCAAGUACCCGAAGAAGGUGAUCCGCAAGGACUCGCAGAAGAAGCAGGCGAAGAAAUCCAGGGUGAAAUGCUUCAUCAAGCUCGUCAACUACAACCACAUCAUGCCCACCCGUUACACUCUUGACGUGGAUCUCAAGGACGUUGUCACCCCAGACGUUCUUCAGGCCAGGGACAAGAAGGUCACGGCCGCCAAGGAGACCAAAUCGCGCUUCGAGGAGAGGUUUAAAUCUGGUAAAAACCGCUGGUUCUUCACCAAGCUCCGGUUCUAG